AGAAUCCUAACGGCAAAAUUUACAAGGCUGCCGCCCGUCUCCUCUGUACCUACCCUAGCUUCUAGGUAGGAUACUUCCGACGGCCCUUGUUACUUCACCCUCCGUCACAUCCCAUCCCAUCGCAUUGCAUUGCCUCGCUCCGCCAUCACCUUGUCUUGUCUUCCAUGUCUACCUAGACCUCGGCCACUUGACCCGGCAGCAUUCGCCGUCUCUCGACAAAGUCAUCGCCGACAACCCUAUUGUUCGUCGUCAUACUUGAACGACUCAUUUCUCUGCGUCCAUCUUGGACACCAUCGUUUCCUUCGCUCCAUAUCCCCAAUUUUUCGCCGAGGCGCGUCUGUUCCACUCGCGCAAAACCCUCCACGGAACGUAAAGAAUUCACCCCCCAAAAGGCCGAAGGACGCCCCCCUGCAAGUUGACAAGCGCAAGCAUCCGAUAAAGCCGCUAUAGCCCCAGGUAGCUUUCUUACCUAUCUAGGUACCUAGCUACCUAGAUACCUCCAUCGCCCUGCUCACCGUACUUAAGUCUACCUCGUCAGUCAGUCAAUCAGGUCCCUGCCGUCGCUGGGUACUUUCUUUGCCUUCGCAUACCUGGCGGAACCAUCAGAGGGCGGCCACCAUCAUCCGCCCACCCUCCUUCCCUCCCUUGGCUUCCUUGCUUUGCCGUUCCCAGUCGCCCACUUCUCUCCGUCCAUCCAUCAUCCAUCUGUCCAACACCUUGCCACACGGCAGCUUUGCAACCGCCAGCCAACCAUCCGCCAUCUUCCCUCCUUCACCAUCGCGCGCGCGCAAAUUCACCUGCGACAGCCUCCAUUUCUUCUCCUGCACUCUUCGCGCCAUCUCGCCCGUCGCGAACCAGACGAUCUCAUCCCACCAGUCUUGUCUCCAGUCUGUAAUACCAUCACAGUCUGCUCUGCCCUUUGUCGCGCCAAAGAAAAGAGACUAAAUCGCCACACGCUCCUCAUACUCAUCGCACCUUACAAAGCAACUACACACAGGCCCUUUCGCCAAAAAGAGCCUCCCCGUCGCGCCGCAGACCCCAGAACACAGACCCUACCGACACUCUAUUGAGUUCUACGGCUUGGUUGUACCGAUGCUGCAACUCGAACUCUUGCAUUUCAUCUAGAAUUCAAAGUUUCUUUAACCAUACGCCCCCAUACCCAGAGUCACGAAAAAAGGUUCCAUUCGAUUUCUUCUCAGCUCCGCUCCUCCUACCCGCUAUUACUCGACACCUUUCCUGCCAGGGGCAUUUCAGAGCUCUGCACCAACCAUAUGCACGCAUAAGCCUGCCCGCCCGGCGUACCCUCCCUUCCCCAAAAGACCCAGCUGUCUUCAAAACGACUCGGCCGGAAGGCAAUCCAACUAUAUCAAGACACGUCUUCGUAGUCCUGAUCUUGACGAAUUUGCUGGGAGACGUUUGCGCGCUCAAUGUACUCCACACAGCCGAACGGAGCUGAUAGUGCGACAAUCAACCCAGCUGCUCUCAACUCUCCUGACUUGCUCAACGCAAACACCCGCGGCAUCAAAAGAAGCCGCUCGCCAGACAAACUACAGGGAACCGUUUCUGCAGUUGAUGCUGGUGACUCUAACCCGAGAAAACGUGGGAAAUCAAUGAAGUCGAGGACAUCCGGAAGCAUAUCCGAAUUGACCGGUCAGGCCCAGGCACCAUCCAACAUGCCUCAAAACAUCCCGCCUCCGCAGACCCCCCAGAAUCAGAGCGCACCGCUCCCGGGGGGUCAGGCUGUCGCCUACGCGCCCGCGCAGGCUUCACCUCCGCCGAAAACCACUCCUACAAAGACCACCUUGAAGGCCUUGCCUACUGUCAGAGACCAUACCACCGAUCAACUGAACCCCGCCGGCGACGAAUAUCUUCCGAGAGAAAUUGAUGAGUUUGGAGAAAAGAAGGUUAUGCCCAACGGCCAGCUCCUCGGCGGCCGCGAAUACCGAUGCCGAACGUUCUUGGUCCCCAAUCGAGGCGAUAAACUGUUCAUGCUGGCGACCGAGUGCGCGAGGGUACUGGGAUACCGAGAUUCGUAUUUACUCUUCAACAAGAACAGAUCGCUUUACAAGAUCAUCGCCAGCCAGCCCGAGAAGGACGACCUUGUCAGCCAGGAGAUCCUCCCCUUUUCUUAUCGGUCGAGACAGAUUGCCAUUGUCACGGCACGAUCCAUGUUCCGCCAGUUUGGAAGCCGCGUCAUUGUCAACGGCAGGAGAGUUCGUGACGACUACUGGGAAACCAAGGCCCGCAAGCAAGGAUUUACAGAAGCCGACCCCGCUGGUGAGAAGCGACCCGGAGCGGCCAAGGCUAGGGAGGCCGCAGCCGAGGCACAGAACCAGGUCCUGCUGGGAGGCCCUCACGGUGAAAUAGUGUACAGCAACACGCCUAGUCAAUUCCCCGGCGCCCCUCAACCCCAAAUCGUCCAACCAGGUAUGCUUGGAGCGCCAACCGGAACCACGACCAGAAUGCCCGUGAUAACACUAGGAUCAGAGCUCAGUGACAACCGCCCUCGCGACUACAGUGGAAUCCUCAAGGGUGGCCCUCGCCAGGAGAUCACCGGCCCGGCCUACCAGGACCAGACGCGACCUGCCCAGGUUGGAGAAGUUCACACUCAGGCGCAUCACGCAGCCGAGUACAACCGGACACUGAACCAACAGCGAGAGAUGCGCGGCGACUACCUCCAGGGCAUAUGGAGACGGCCACAUGAGCAGCCACAGUCUACCAACCUUACCCAGAACGUUGCCACAAGCGAUGCAGCCGUUCCCCCUACGCGUGCGACGCAGUCGCCACACGCAUCGACCAGCAACAUGCCACAGUCCGGCGUCGUGCCCAACCAAAGUCCCCAGCAGAUGAUGAUGUCCGCCCCGCCGUACUCUCAAUCGAUACACGCGCAGAACCCAAUCAGUCAGGCUCCGAUGAGAGGCAUGGCCCAACCAUCUUCCCAAAAGAACAACAAGUCAACGACUUUGCCCGCAGCAGGGAGUGCGGGCAGCAUGCCUCAAGGAGGACAGGGCUAUCAUUACCCCGGAACCGGCCAAAUGUGGCCUCAGACGCAACAGAACCCCCAACAACACAACUAUUCAGGAUACACGACGCAAGGCCAGCAGUCGCACCAGCAGCCGCCAGCUCCUCAACUCCGCCAUGCGAACAGCGGCGUGCAGCCGGCGAUGCAGUUUUCGGGAAUGCCCGGUAUGGGGCAGAGCUACGGGGCUGGCCAAGGGAUUUACCCCGCGGAUCAAACUCCUCGUCAGUACAUGCCUCAGCCGAACCAAGGAUCUCCGGCCGUAACACAGGCCUGGUCCAAUCAACAGACACCUGCGCAAUGGUGGACGAACCAACCUCAAUGAAGGCUGCUGCAAGAGGUCAAAACACAACGAGACUGGUUUUUUUUCCUUUCCCGCGCUGCUCUAGCUCUUCAACAGCGUUAUGUCAACAUACACUCUUCUUUUUCGUCAUAUAAGCGGCGGUGACUCCCUGGCUUUCGCCGGUUCGGCAGACUCGCUGCUGCCCUUCUGAAGGAUACCCAAGCAUACAAUUAGGCGGAGGCUAUGUGCUUUUGGGCCACCGGCCUAUCAGUCUUCAUACAGCAUUUUGGCCGAGAAGUAUGGAUAGAGGAGUCGAUGGGGGAUCCGGGAACAUAUUGCCUCAGGUCGAGAGGGGAUGUUGGCUUCUUCACUGUAUUGCGUUUUGAUUUUCUACCUUUCCUUUUUCUUUGAUGUCAGCUGUUGUCUUCUAAGAUUUGGCAUCUCGGGAGGAUGUAUGCAUGUUCCGUUUUGGCUGUCGCUCUCCUUUCACACGCUGCUGAAUUUCCUCGCCCUCGUCACCGCCUUCGAACGCUACUUGUUUUUUGACUUGUUGUCUUUGCUUCUUGCUGUUGGCACCAGGGCAACUUUUGAUACCGACGCCGUCAUCUCUUCGCCGAUUCCCUUUGCGCACGUUGUGUUACAUAGUUUCUCUCACCCUCUCGAAUACGAUACCACACGAACGCUUUGUUGACGCGUACUUCCGCCACACAUGCGAACUCGCGACGCUCAGUUACCUGGAACACCGUAGACUACCGAGCGAUGUUGACGACCCUCGGCCAGCAAUGCCGCUGUCGACAACUAUGAAAAUGCGGGUUCGAAAUCCUGUGCGGAGACCUACAUAUCCAGGCAUUGCUUGCUUGACAAGGAGCCGAAGCUUUCAUGCUCAAGACUGUGCCGAACGCUCACAACAAUGGCAUAUAUGCCGUGGUACCGAUCUGGCCCGUGUUGUGCGGCCGGGCGCUUCCCCAACUCGAGGGUAGCGGCAUAAAUGAAAGAACUAUGAGGGCGGCAAGUUACAAUAUGGUUUUAAGGUUCAUCAACAAUCUAGGGUGCACCCUCUUCGAAACCGGCAAGUCCGCAUUGACAUGGACGAGGAAUUUGUUGUCCCUGGAGAUAGGUGAUCAAAUGAUUUUUGGACUUGUUUUAUCUUUGUGUCGGCCGACAUGGCAGCAUCAAAGGAGUUUUUAUUUAGUUUUUUUUACUUGGGUGGAACAUGAUGUUGGCAGUCACGUUUGGUACCAGGAAGGGAUUCGGGUAGCGAGCGUCACGACCCAUCCGUCAUCGGGAGUGGGAUUGUUUCGUUGUUUCCAUGCCAUGGUAACGAUGGGCUUCUUGACGUCGGACCGGGGCCAGUUCAAUCGAGUACUUGCGAGGUAUUGUCCUGUUGGUUGGAAUUUGUCUUGUUGUGUUUCCUGGCCCAUUGUUUCUGUACACUUGCUUUACGACGACGGACGUCUGUGCUUGCAGAAGCGAGGGCCAUUUCGAUACAUGGCCCCCGAUUGAGGGUUGG